ACUUUCCUCUCAUCCAUGAAGACGUUUGCUAUCGACCAGUUUUCACUCGCCAUUCCGCCGAGCUGCAAGGAGACACCAAGCUCGGACGGAUCAUCGGAUGGAAGUGAAUAUGUUUCCAACUCUCAAGACUCGCCCACGAGUCCAUCCGUUCCAUCGGCCCAGCAAGUCCCCGAUUCCAACUGCCUAGCCCACAUUUGUGGCACAGUGUAUACCAGAGGAGCGACCUGUCAACGUUUGCCUAAUCCACAUGAGGAUUUCGACGACAUAGUCAAUUCCAAAGGGGCUCCACUCGUCUUCAAACGCCAUGUUCUUACGCAACUUGCGUGUUUACUUAGCUCUCAUCAUGCUCUUGUGUUUCGUCGACCACCGGGAUGGGGAAUUGACUUCUUCGCGUCGAUGGUAUCCGCCACAUUCGAUAGAGACUAUGAUCAUAAGGACGAUCCCUUUGAAGUCUUGAUUGGACAGCAGGGCUUGACCUCAGGACGGGACGAUGGCCACCAUAGCUUCUUUGUGUUGGACAUGGACUUCAGGGACCUUCCUGAUGAGGCGGACAUCCGUACCAAUCUCCACGCAUAUCUCGAGACGCAGUGUUGGGAGUUCAUCACCCGUUACCGUCUCGAAAAGCGUAUGGCUCCGCCUAGCCUCUACAAAGUCUCGAAAGAUGAGCCAGAAAGGUUCAUCAUUCUCUUGGCGAUGUGCCUCCUACGUGUAUCGAGGGCUCCACUGUUGGUGAUUAUCAGAAACUUUGACAGCCCAAUAAUCAACUAUGGGGAGGGUCGGGCGGUUCUGAAUCCAUUCCUGAACGCACUAGAAGGAGAAGUGAGGUCUCGAAUAGUUGGGUCGCUGCUGCUGCUAUCCACCUACGAUGAUGGCACGGUAUACUCUUGCAUGGGUCGAAAUGCGUUGUCCAUGAUCCGCAAAGUGCCAAGCCUCCCACCUCCCGAUCUUCCCCGUACCCUCGACCUGACUCAUCACCUUGCGUUCCAGACCGCGGUUGGUUUUACGCGCAAGGAGAUCGACUCCCUCGAUGACGCCUUCAGCCACCUCGCGGUGCAUGAUGCCCGGCGUAUAGUCGAUAUGUUGGACGCCGGUUACGCCCGACGUUCUUCAUUCGGGGAUCGUCUGAAUGUGGCAGGGAAGCAUCAAUGCCCACGCCACCCGCUCGACAGCCCGUUCUUCCAAGAAGAAGACCCAUUAGCAGCACUGGACACCACUGGCGGGCUUGAAGGAGUUUAUGGAGCACACCUCGUGCUGAGAUUGAUUGCCCACAAGACCAACGGAGUCAUUCAGCGUUUACCUUGUCCUGACGAAGACUUCGACAGCAUUGUGAACGCAAUUGGCGUUCCAAUCGUUUUCAACCCCCAUCCUAUCACCCAGUUCGUUCGCCUGUUGGACUCCCAUCAUGUACUCCUUGUUCGCCGGCCUCCAGGAUGGGGCCUGAACUUCUUUGUUUCCAUGCUGACCGCCUACCUUGAUAUAGACUACAAUGAGGACGACGAUCCCUUCGAAAUACUCCUCCCAUCUGAGCCCUCGGUGCCUCGCAAUGGCCUUCAUCACUACUUUAUUCUGCAUCUGGACUUCGAGCGAAUUCCCUGCCAAUCCGACUUUCGCAUGGAGCUGCAUCGUUACUUGGCCACACAGUGCAAAGCAAUGGUCGCGAGACAUAUCAUAUCUUCCGACAAGCCUUUUGGCUUCCUCACACUACUCGCGCUUUGCAUCCAGGAAGUCUCGCAAGACCCACUCUUCGUUAUCAUCAAGAAUUUCGACUCGCCCAUCAACGACUACAUCGACGGUCGUCAGGUUCUGAAUCCCUUCCUGAACGAGCUGGAGCGUGAAGUGCGGAACAAUGCCAUUGGUGGUCUCCUCCUCGUGUCGACUUGGAACGAUGGCACAGUCUAUCCGUGCCAAGGGCGAGGUGCUUUUACGGCGAUGCCAAAAUACCCCUCCUACCCCCCUCUCAACCUACCAAGAACGCUCGAUAUUACCCACAAUCCGGCAUUUCAUGCGGUCGCUGGGUUCACUCGGCGUGAAAUAGAGUCGCUCGACAAUGUGUUCAAACAUAUUCCUCACAAGGAGUCGACACCGCUGAUGGAAAUCGUCUCUCAGAGGGCAGGGUGGCUGUCAGUGUUCAGCGACCAUCUUUCCAUGAGGCAUAAAUGCCCCCCCGUCCUGAUCGAAUAUGGGAGGAUGAGGAUCCGUUCGAAACCCUAG